CGUACUUGGAGAAUCUGCGAUGUCACGGAUUCAAGGACGGAACUGGACAUUGGCCAGUGUAUACGUAGUUUCUUAAAAGUUCUGAACAAAGGAGAGAUCGUCGCAUUUGCGCUCGACCAGUCGAAGCGUUCGGAUAAUUUUACUGAAUCGUACAUAGUGACACAGUUCUCUCGUUUACGUUAUAUUAAUUACACGACAUUAAUAAAAUUUAUCAAUUUCCGUUUAUUGAUUUUACAAGAAUUACACCGGCUUUUUGCCUCUGAUAAAUUUCCGCAGUGCGGCGACACAUUCUUCCAACCAAAAUGCUCAAAUUCAUAGUUUUGUUGGCAGUAGUCUUCACUGGGGUCAUAGCUCAGAACUGUGAAGACAAUAAACAAGGAGAAUGCCUGGCUUCAACAGCAGGUUCUUUUGACCAGGAUAAGAAUUGGAACUCUGCUUCUACAAUAUAUGAUUUCCAUGCUAAAGAUAUCCAUGGCAAUGAUGUAUCACUGAAAAAAUAUCUUGGACAUGUGAGCAUAAUUGUUAAUGUUGCUAGCUAUUGCGGACUAACAGACAGAAAUUACAAGGAACUGGUUGAAUUGUACGAAAAGUACAGCGAGAAGGAAGGUCUAAGAAUCCUUGCAUUCCCAUCUAAUCAAUUUAGUGGACAAGAACCGGGUACAUCUGAACAGAUUCUAGAUUUUAUCAAAAAAUACAAUGUCAACUUUGAUGUUUUUGAGAAAGUUGAUGUUAACGGCGAUAAUGCUCAUCCCUUGUGGAAAUGGCUGAAAACUCAAGCAGGUGGAUUCAUAACAGAUGGAAUCAAGUGGAAUUUCACCAAAUUCAUCAUUAAUAAAGAAGGCAAAGUAGUUUCCAGACAUGCACCGACAACAAAUCCACUUGACCUGGAAUCUGAAUUGAAGAAAUAUUUUUAAGUAUUCAUACGUUCUUGCAUGUUCUGAAU